AUGGUUUACACUAGACCUAAACCUAAACCCAUCCCGCGUGUCACCCGUGCCGGUGCUCGCAAAGCCGCUGAAGAAGAAGCUAGAGCCGCUGCCCAAGAAGAAGAGUGUGAAGAGGAGUCCGAAGAGGAGUCCGACGAGGAACAGUCAUCAGUUUCAAUCUCCGAUGUAGGUGAAGAUGACGAGGGUUCUGUCGACCAAGAUGGUAUGCAUGAUGUCAUCUACGUUGGGGGCCGCUCUACAAGCCCGGUCUAUGUUUCCUCAGAUGAUGAAGAUGAAAUCGAGACUGUGUCAAGCGUUCAAAAGGAGGUUGAAAUUCCUGAGUUCUCAGAUUUGCAAGAACAACUCCAUCGUUCAUCAGAUGUCCAAGAAACCGAGAGUGUGUCGAUGGUUGAAGAAGUUGAACGUUUUGACCAUUUCAGCUUGCUAGAAACACGGAUCUGUUCGUCGCAUGUUCAAGAAGAGACCCAUGGUGUGUCGAGUGUUGGGGAGUGGGUUAAAGCUCUCGAGAUUGAGAUUCAAGAACAAUUCCCUCAUGAGAUCCCAGAGCAGCAACUGAGCUUUGCACCCGUUGCUCCUCAGCCGCAGCCACGUCGUGAAGUUACUCCAGAGGAAGAGGAUAUGCUCCAUCUUCCUGUUAACUUCACUGGUGCCAAGUUGCGUUCGCGUGAAGAAGUUGAGGCGAGCCUUCUCGACCAUGGUGUCGGUUGGGAGUUUAGUAGUGGUAGUGACAUGAUCGAUGCUGCCGAUGAUGUGCAUAGCGAAGGGGAUGAGUUGUCUGCUAUUGUUGCUUAUCAUGCCGGACUGGAUGGUGAUUUCAACAUGUUUGAGAGUGGAAUGGAUGGUGAUGUGGGUAUUGGUGAUGAUGGGAUGAAUGAUUGUGCAGAUAUCGUUAGCGAUACCGGGAUAGAUGAUGGUACGGAGGUGCCUGGAAGUAUUCGGGGUGAUGGGGCAGCGUCAGGCUUGGAUCUACAUGACUAUAGUUUCCUUCUCGACGCUGCUUCUGAGGUGAUCCCUGGUUAUCCUCACACAGCCGAAGAGUCUUCCAACCAGAUCUUCGGUCCGACAGUUGUCGAGGGACAUGGUAAUGCUUAUGUUGAUCCAUUUACCUUCGACUUCUCAAAUAUGGUGGCUCCUUUUGGUCACGAAGAAAAUACCCAGCCGUCCAAUGCCUAUUCCUGGACGGACUUCAAUGAACCUCAAGCGUUGGACACUUCUGGAGAGCACAAUUCUCAUAUGUCACCUCCCAACAUUGCGACCACCUGGGCUUUUAGCUCAUCGCUUGUUGACCCCGCGCUUGACGCACCUCCAGACGACCCAGUGGCGAUCGAAACACAAUCAACGGAGCUGUCUCAGAACACUCUAGCCGAUGUCACUGGUGAUGAACUCCAGCCCGCACGCGCGUCAACUCGUAGGACUACCACCCCCUCUACUCGCAAGACCCGCGCGCGCAAGCCCCGCAAACCUAAGGCUAUCGCAGCCUCCAAGCAACAACGUGUCGAAUCAGUACCAGAGAUCGUGGGACAUGAGGCAUUGUCUCCCUCACAUCCUGACUAUACAACUUUCACUGCGAUACAGACAUUUCUUGGACAGCAGGAAGGAGGGGACUCGACUGACGUUCAGAUGUCGGGUCUUUCGGACAACACAUUUUCAGUCGUUGUUCCGGCACUCCCAACUGUUGUGGCUGGAGCUUCAUCAUCGUCGACAACCACCGCAACCGUUAAUAACAAGAAACGUGUUCGCACCAAAACAUACGUCCGUGCUCCGAGAACCAAGGCAGCAAAGGCUCACAGGCAUACUGUACUCCUUACAGCCAACGAAGAACUGGACGAAUGCCUUGCCGAUGCUCAGAGACGAGCAGCGAUUGAUCCUUGCACCAUCCCACCGACCGACGGUCCUGUCGAGUUCAGACAGGGCCCGGUUAUCCAAGAUAUUUCGGGGAGCCGCUCAGAAGGUACCAUUCUCGUCACCUGGGCCAAUAAGGGUGACAUGCCUGUCCACAUCGAAUUAGCAUAUCUCGAACGUGUCAAAGCGAUCAGCAAAAACACGAAUGGUGCAUCGGGUGCCCGCAAAGCUCGGGUCGAUGGAACCAUGCUGAACAUUCACAACCUUCCAGAGUUGCCGCGGUGGAUCUGCAGUGUGUGCGAUGCGGAGUUUCCGACUCACUGGAAAAAGAAACUCCACUCCAAGACCCAUCCCGAAGCGCAUUCUAAGUGCGAGCAUUGCGGAAAGAACUACUCCAGACAACACACCCUCCUCAGGCAUCUUAAUGUUUCGCAUCCUCACGCGAUCAAGUUCAGAUGUGCGUGCCUCAAGGUUUUUAGUAAAGGCAAGGCCUUGAUUAAACACCAGAAAAAGUGCGAUAUCCACAUCGCAUCGAUUAAUUCCAACCACACCAAUUCGGAGGUCGAGCAAACUGGAGAGAGCAGUGCGAGUCAAGAGCGUACCAACAACGACGAAGACGUGGUGAUGGGCAACACUGGCGAGAACGAAGGUCAGGGAAUGGUGGAUCGUGGUGAAGAUGAGGAGGGGUGGGCGGAGAACGGAUCGGUUUACAAGGGCAAGCAGGUUUACCGUUAUUGA